UCCUACCCUCCCCGGGGCCUCCCGCCGCCUUUCCUGGCUCCCCCCGGGGGCCUUUCCUGCCCUCCUCUCAGGGCCCCACCGGGACCCCGCUGUCCCCACCGCCCGGCUCCUCCCGUUUCUCCCGGAGCAGCUCCGGGACUCCCCCCCGGGCCCUCAUCCUCUGUCCGGUUCUUUCCCCUCCUGCCCCAUCCCCUCCGCCGCAGCAAUUGCCCAGGUGCUUUUUGGGCUGGGGAGGGUUUGCCUUCCCGAGCCUUCCUCGCGGUAUCUUCAUCCUCCUCCUCGCCCUCCCGUGCUGCCGGUGGUGUUUCCCCCCAUCCCUCGCAUACCCGUCCUCUGGGCUUUGGUUUUUCCCGGAGCUGGGGCAGGGGCAGCUCCAACCCCUCCAAACUCCUGCUCUUCGCUGCCUUCUGGGCUCGCUGUUCCCUGUCUCAGGACGGGGAAGGCAGGGAAUUUGGGAUAGGGGAAUUAAGGAUAGAGUUUGCUGGAGCCCCUUGCCCUGCCAGUUCCUGCUCCCGCCGCGGAUGAAAGCGUGAAGGCCGAGCUGACCAGCAGAAGGGACACUUGAGCAGCUGCUAAGAUGGGCAUGAGGAUCAAGCUGCACAGCACCAACCACCCCAACAACCUGCUGAAGGAACUCAACAAGUGCCGGCUCUCCGAGACCAUGUGCGACGUCACCAUCCUGGUGGGCUCCCGCUCCUUCGCCGCGCACAAGGCCGUGCUGGCCUGUGCCGCUGGCUACUUCCAGAACCUCUUCCUCAACACGGGGCUGGACGCUGCCAGGACCUACGUGGUGGAUUUCAUCACGCCGGCCAACUUUGAGAAGAUCCUGAGCUUCGUGUACACCUCGGAGCUCUUCACCGACCUCAUCAACGUGGGGGUGAUCUACGAGGUGGCCGAGAGGCUGGGCAUGGAGGAUCUGCUGCAGGCUUGUCACUCCACCUUCCCCGACCUGGAGAGCUCGGCCAUCACCAAGCAGCCUGCCCUGUCUGUGGGGGAAGGCCGGGCUGGGCCGCUGAGCAGCACCUCCUCGGAGCAGAGCCACGCUUUGGGGGACGUGCGGAGCGGCGCGGAGCACUUCGGCCCCGAGCGGAAUUACCUCCUGCACGGGGACGUGGUGGGCAGCUACAAAGAGGAUGACAGGAGUGCCGUGGCUGAGGCCAGCCAGGCUCUUCCCCUGAUGCACCCACAGCAGACUCCCAAGACAGAGCAGGAGUCGGAUGCGGGGCAGUUUGCUCCAGUUGUGGGUCUGGGGGCCCAGCCCGGUGGGAAUGUUGUGGCACAGACCACAGGCAGCUCCUGCCCUCAGUACAAGGCCCAGAGCAAUGGUGACUACAGCAAGAGCGGCUUCUUCCCCACUGACCCCUCCCUGGAUGUGUCCACAGGGAGCAAUUCCUGCCCCAGCAACAGCGACCACUCCAAAGAGCAGGGGUUCGAGCAGAUGGAUGAGCUCCAGCUGGAGGAUUUGGGAGAGGCCGAGCUGCAUUUUGAGGAUGCUGGAGAAGAGCUGGUCCCGUCUGAGGAGGUGAUUGAGCUGAGCGAUGACAGCGAGGAGGAGCUGGCCUUCGAGAGCGACAGCCGGGACAGCAAGGCCAUGCCCUGCCAGGUGUGCAAGAAGGUUCUGGAGCCCAACAUCCAGCUGAUCCGCCAGCACGCCAGGGACCACGUCGACCUGCUCACGGGGAACUGCAAGGUGUGUGAGACCCACUUCCAGGACCGUAACUCCAGGGUGACUCACGUGCUGUCCCACAUCGGCAUCUUCCUCUUCUCCUGCGACAUGUGCGAGACCAAGUUCUUCACCCAGUGGCAGCUGACGCUGCACCGGCGGGACGGGGUCUUCGACAACAACGUCAUAGUCCACCCCAGCGACCCCCUGCCGGGGAAGGUGGCCGUGUUUGGGGGAGGGCCCGGCCCCGAGCUGGCUUGUGCUGCCUGCGGGAAGCCCUUGGCCAAAGAUUUCCACACGGUGCGGAACCACCUGCUGGAGCACGUGAACCUGAAGAGCCAGACGUGCGGCGUGUGCGACCAGCGGCACCUGAGCCUCUGCAGCCUGCUGUGGCACGCCCUGUCCCACCUGGGCAUCUCCGUUUUCUCCUGCUCUGUGUGUGCCAGCAGCUUCGUGGACCGGCAGCUCCUGGAGAAGCACCUGGCCGUGCACCAGCACGCGGAGGAGGCUCUUUUCCAGUGCCACUUCUGCAGCCAGAGCUUCAAGCUGGAAGCCGCUUACCGCUACCACGUCAGCCAGCACAAGUGCGGGGGCAGCCCGGACAUCCGGGCGGGAUUUGGGGAGCGCCUGCAGCCGCAGGGGCUGCCCAAGAGGAAGCUGCCCGAGGAGUUCCUGAGCGAAGAGCUGGCUCUGCAGAACCAGCCGGGGAACAGCAAGUACAGCUGCAAGGUGUGCGGCAAGAGGUUUGCCCACACCAGCGAGUUCAACUACCACCGGCGCAUCCACACCGGCGAGAAGCCGUACCAGUGCAAGGUGUGCCACAAGUUCUUCCGAGGGCGUUCCACCAUCAAGUGCCACCUGAGGACGCACUCGGGGGCCCUCAUGUAUCGCUGCACGGUGUGUGGCCACUACAGCUCCACGCUCAACCUGAUGAGCAAGCACAUAGGGGUGCACAAGGGCAGCCUCCCGCCGGACUUCACCAUCGAACAGACUUUCAUGUACAUCAUCCAUUCCAAAGAGGCUGAGAAAAACACGGAUAGCUGAUGGGGAGCUGCUGGAGGAGGAGUGGUAAUGGUGGAGGCUGUGGAGGAGGAGGAGGAAAGGAAGGAAAAAAAAAAAAAAAAAAAAAGAGUUGUUUGGUUUUAUUUAAUGGUCAGGCAUCAUGGAUGGAAUUCUUUUUUUUUUUGGUUUUGGUUUCGUUUUUGUUCUUUGGUUUUUUGGUUUUGGGCCUUCCUAAGGCUUUUUAGAUUGGUGGCGUUGUACAAAUUAACAGCACGUGAGGUACAUCACUGUUUCAAGGAGUCUGUCGUGUUUACUUACCUCUGGUCCUGUUAGAGGCCAUCGAGUUCUGUGCUUUUAGCAUUUCUCACUAGUUUUUGAGUCUAGAUUCUAUUUUUUUUUUUUUUGAACCUUUUAGCCCACUUGACCAGGCUAACCCUGAGCUUGUCCACAAACUGAUGCUGCUAAGAUUUUCACACCUGACCUCAGUGGAGAGGGACAGAGCCAGAGCAGGCGCUGGACUCGAAGGAAAGGAACAAAAAAGAGAAAGAAAAAAAGGAAAGAAAAGGACAUUCUGGGCAUCCCUGGUGUUCUGCUGCUACUGCCAGGAGACAGGCAAAGUGUGCAUUGCUGGGGAGAGGAGCAGGAAGCACCUGAGUGUGUAAACAAGGAGGGAUCCCAGCAGGGAACCAGGAGCAGGGGAUUCAGAUUCACAGAUUCCCAGGCUCUGCCACGGCUGGGACUCACUCGUGCCCUGAGACCUGGAGGAGGAGCUGAAGGAGCAACAGGACCUCCCUGCAGAUCCUGGGUGGAGGUGGCUGUGUGAGCAUGGAGAUCUCCUGUAGGACCGGAGAGGGAAGGGAAGCAGGUCCCUGCUCCUUGUGGGGUGAUUUGUGGUGGCCACAGAGAGCCAGGAGUCUCCUGGCUCUGCUCUGCCCCAGCCUCACGCUGUGCCCCGGGCAGAGAGUCAGGAUGAAGCUGUUGCCUUAACUCCCUGGAAGGAGGAGGGACCCUUCUCCUGCCAGAGGGAUCCCCCCCUGCCAUGCCCUGGACGUGUUCCUGUGGCAAACGUGUGUGGUUGGAGUGAUGAGAGUUUGUUCAUGGAGAGAGAGAGAUGGCUUGGCCUCUCCAGCUGCAUGCUAGGCACUUCUGGGGGCUCCCCUGGGUGUGGGGGGCUCCCCUCGGUGUGGGGGGCUCCCCUCGGCAUGGAGG